AUGGCAUCCGCCUCAUCUUUUCUCAGCCUGCCUUCUUCAUCUUCUCUAAUCGCCCCCAAUCUCGAAUCCGGGAGAUUUCACUCUUCGCAGCCGUCUCGAAUCGGAUUCCAGCCGCUCCGAGUCUCCGCCUCCUGCGCCUCCACCGCCGAGAGGGGGACCAGCACGUCCACAGCGGGCAGCCGCCGGCGAGGCGCGUUCUACGAGGUUCUGGGGAUCCCGAUGGGCGCAUCGUGCCAGGAGAUCAAGUCGGCGUACCGGAAACUGGCCAGAGUCCUCCACCCGGACGUCGCCGGCGAGGAGAGCGCGGCGAGCGAGUUCAUCGAAUUGCACAAGGCGUACGAGACGCUUUCGGAUCCGGCCAAGCGGGCCGAUUACGACCGGUCCCUAUUCCGGCUGGGGCGGUCGAUGAGCUACGCCUUCGUGAUGUCGGCCGCUUCGGGUUCGGGCUCGGGUUCCCGGUCCGGGUACACCAGCCGGAGGUGGGAGACUGAUCAGUGCUGGUGA